AUGGGUUGGCGUCGCGGACUCAGAAGACGAGCAUUGGUCAGUGAACGCAUCUUCCACUCCACUGGGAGCUGCGUGGCCCAGUCGCCUGGCCUGAAAAUGAACGCAUCGCAGGGCUCGCCGUCCCAGGACGAUCAUGCGAAGGAAGAGACGGACGACCCGACUGCGGAGAAGGAGAAGAGCCGACUCCCGUUCAGUGUCGAGUCUUUGAUUUCCAAAAAGAGCACCUGUCAGACUUCUUUUGCUCAAAAGCCCCCGGCGCACUUCUCUCCGAGAACUUUUUACGCGGAUGGAUCACCGGCGGAGGACGCGACACACUCGGUUGAUAUCGAGCAGAACACUUGGUUUCAGGCGAAUUCCUUCUCUUCCAGCUCUCGUAGUUCCAGUCCCUCUCAGUGCACUUUACGGAAGCACAAAAACAACCGUAAACCUCGCACGCCCUUCACUACCUCUCAGCUGCUGGCCCUGGAGCGCAAGUUCCGCCAGAAGCAGUAUCUCUCCAUUGCCGAGAGAGCCGAAUUCUCCAGCUCGCUCAACCUGACGGAGACCCAGGUGAAGAUCUGGUUCCAGAACCGCAGGGCCAAAGCCAAGAGGCUGCAGGAAGCCGAGUUGGAGAAGUUCAAGCUGGCCUCCAAGCCACUUCUGUCCGCCUUCGCUUUGCCUUUCCCUCUCAGUGCGCACAUGCAGGGUUCCGCUGCGUGGGGACCUUCGAACCCCUUCCCUAGGCCCAGUCUGCCAGUCCCGGGAAUAUUCGGUGGACCCGUCACGUACGGAAUGUACUAUUUGUCUUAAUAUGUGCUUAAAAGGGGAAUACAUGUUUUCAGAUCAUGCUUGCGAAAACACUUUAAGGCACCAAAAGUGUUUCCGAACUGGAAAAAUUAAAUAUAUUUUUAUGUACUUUACCUUAAGACGAAUGUUCUUCUUACCUCCAAAACUGAAAACUGUCUGACACGUUGUAAAAAUUGCAGUUUGCGUGAGUUUAUUUAGAAUAUUUCAGAGCUAGAGCAGUAAAAAGUACUUAUUGUGAGUGCCUUCAAGAGUCAGCAUCUCCUAUUCAACUUUUUUUUUUUAAGAGAGUCCGUUUAUUUUCGAUAAAAUGUGUGCAUCAAAUAGUGUUUACUCUCACGGCGUGGCCUUAAUGAGGAUUACAUUAGAAUUUGAUAUAAAGUGCUGCAAUUUCACUGGAGAGACAGCAGGACAUUUGUAUUUAUUGAACCUUUUCUAUCUGUACUGUGUACAAUUCUCUAUGAAAAUCUAU